AUGCAUCUACUCAUCGAAGUUGAAUCAGGAAUCUUACUCUUCAUUCAUAAGACUUUUGUUAAUAUUAACGAACUUUUAACCUGUCCACAUGAUCAUGAUUGGAAUAUAAAUAAGUGUCAAUGGCAAGAUUUAUAUUGGCCCAAUGCUGUUCAUCUUUCUCUCUCCAUUCAACAAGCAAGUGAUUUAUUUCUUCUUCAUCAUCGUGCAUUACCCAUUCUCGAUCAUCUUUGCGUCACUAUUUUCAACCCAGUCAAAUGUUUUACAAAAGUUAUCGAAAAUGAUUUGGAACUGAAAAAUACAACGAAUAUGAUGAUAUUCCGUCUUCGUUCACUUCAACUAAGUCACAUAUCACUUGCUCAACUUCUUAUAUAUCUUUCAUCAAUACAUAUGCCUUUACUCGAAAAAUUAACAUUAAUUGAUGUUUAUGAUAAUACACUCAAUCAUCUUAACCAAUUUCAACAAUACUUUCAAUCAAAAACAAAUAUGCCUGCUCUUCAACCAUCGUCUUUCAAAUUUCUCUUACGCUUUCCUGGUGAAUUCGAAUAUGAGUGGAAAAGAAAUCGCAAUUAUGAAUGGCCAUUCGAAACCACUAACAUUGAUUACUGUCUCGAAGAGUAUCGUCUAUCUUUUUUUCAAUACUGGCGUGCAAGACUAGAACCACCAAUACCAAAAUAUUCUCUUCUUAUUUUCACUAUUUCGGCUCUGUCUUACCGUCGAACUGUACAUAAUCACUCUUUCGCAAUGAAACUUAAACAAACAUCACAAGCAUCAUCAAUUUUAUGGACUUGCAAUCAGAUUGACAAUUCACAACAGAUUUUUGAUAGUCUGGUCAAGUUAAAAACAACAAAGACACUUGCCAUCAUUGAUUGGAAAGGAACACGCUCACAAAAUGUACGUUAA